AUGGCGAUAGAUAGCGGAACCAAGGAGCAGUCGCACAAGGAACAUCGGUCCAGGCAGUCGGGGGCCAAGGCCGACAAGAAGAAGCGUGACACUUCCCAAAAUGGGAAGAAGCAAAACCCUAAAGCAUUUGCUUUUAGCUCAACUGUGAAAGCCAAGCGUCUUCAAUCUCGCUCGGUCGAGAAAGAGCAGCGCAGGCUUCAUGUCCCAACCAUUGAUCGUUCCUAUGGCGAACAACCUCCAUAUGUUGUUCUGGUGCAUGGACCUCCCAAGGUUGGCAAGUCUUUGUUAAUUAAGUCGCUUGUAAAGCAUUAUACCAAACAUAAUUUACCAGAGGUUCGAGGCCCGAUUACCAUUGUUUCAGGGAAGCAAAGGCGGGUACAGUUUGUGGAGUGCCCAAAUGAUAUCAAUGGUAUGAUUGAUGCUGCAAAGUUUGCUGAUUUAGCAUUGCUUCUCAUAGAUGGAAGCUACGGUUUUGAAAUGGAGACAUUUGAAUUCCUGAAUAUAUUGCAAGUUCAUGGGUUUCCAAAGGUUAUGGGAGUUCUUACUCACCUUGAUAAGUUUAAAGAUGUAAAGAAAUUGAAGAAAACAAAGCAACACCUCAAACAUCGUUUCUGGACUGAAAUAUAUGAUGGAGCUAAAUUGUUUUAUUUAUCUGGUCUCAUUCAUGGAAAGUAUGUCAAACGUGAAAUUCACAAUCUGGCACGUUUCAUAUCUGUUAUGAAGUUCCAUCCUUUAUCUUGGCGAACUGCUCAUCCAUAUGUUUUAGUAGAUCGUUUUGAAGAUGUGACUCCUCCUGAAAAAGUGCGUUUGAAUAAUAAAUGUGAUAGAAAUGUCACACUGUAUGGUUAUUUGCGGGGCUGUAACAUGAAAAAAGGAACAAAGAUUCAUAUUGCAGGUGUUGGGGAUUACAAUUUAGCUGGUAUGACAGGCUUAGCUGAUCCUUGCCCUUUACCCUCAGCUGCCAAAAAGAAGGGACUGCGUGAUAAGGAAAAACUGUUUUACGCACCCAUGUCUGGACUUGGGGAUCUCCUGUAUGAUAAAGAUGCUGUCUACAUAAACAUAAAUGACCACUUUGUCCAGUUUUCCAACGUUGAUGAAAAGGGCGAAGCAACAAAUGAAGGAAAGCACCAAGAUGUGGGUGUGGCUUUGGUAAAAUCUCUUCAGAACACAAAAUAUUCAGUUGAUGAAAAAGAAGAGAUCCGUAUGAUAGAGCCCUUAGAGGAAUAUCAGUCUGGGGAAGCAAUCAAAGGUGAUGGUUCUGCUAAAGAAAGCAAUGCGGAGGAUUCUGACGGUUCAGAAUCAGAAUCUUCAGAUAAGAAUGAAGCAGCUCAUAAAGAUGCGUCUGAUCAAGAUGCUAAUCUUAAAGAUCACUUGAAGGAACAUGUGGAGUUUCAUGGUGGAAGGUCAAGGAGAAAAGUUAUCUUUGGAAAUGACCUUGAUCAUAACGAUAUGGAGGAUUCAGAUUUAGAGGCUGAAGAUGAUGGUGAUGACAACAAUGAUGAUGAUAUUCAGGCAUCUUCUGGUUCAGAUUCAGAGGAAGAUGAAGAUGUUCAUGAAACAGAUGAUGAGAUAGGGAACAUUGCAAAGUGGAAAGAAUCUUUGGUAGAAAGGACUUCCUCAAGACAAACUAUUAACCUUAUGCAACUUGUAUAUGGGAAAUCUACAUCAAUGCCAACAACAUCUAUCAAUGAACAUGAUAGUAGUGCAGAUGAUGAAAGCGAUGGAGAUGAUUUUUUUAAGCCAAAAGGAGAAGUAAACAAGAAACAUGGAGGAAUAGAAGGUGGAACUUGGAAUAUCGAGGACUGUUCCAAAUUCACAAAUUAUUCAAAUCUCAAAGACUGGAAAGAGGAAAAGCUUAGGGAGGGUAUUCGUGAUCGUUUUGUUACUGGUGAUUGGUCGAAAGCUUCUCAAAGAAAUCAAGCCGCAGAGGCUAAAGUUGAAGAUGAUGAUGCUGUCUAUGGCGACUUUGAAGAUUUAGAAACUGGUGAAAAGCAUGAUGUGGAUCAUACAAAUGACGCAAGCAAUGAUGUAAACCACAAGGAAGAUGAUUUGGCUAAAGAGGAGCGGAGGCUGAAAAAGCUUGCUCUUCCUGAGUCAUCUGAAGAGGAGCUUGAGAGUAAACAUGAAGGCAAGUCUGGUCGAGAUCAAUCCAAAGAAAGUGGCUAUUUUGACAAGCUGAAGGAUGAGAUUGAACUUCGGAAGCAAAUGAAUAUAGCUGAACUCAAUGACCUGGAUGACGCCACCCGAUUAGAGAUAGAGGGUUUCCGGACAGGGACUUACCUACGGUUGGAGGUUCAUGAUGUCCCUUAUGAGAUGGUUGAAUAUUUUGACCCCUGUCAUCCUAUUUUGGUUGGAGGAAUUGGUCUUGGUGAAGAAAAUGUCGGACACAUGCAGGCCAGGUUAAAGCGGCAUAGGUGGCACAAGAAAGUACUUAAGACUAGUGAUCCUAUUAUUGUUUCUAUUGGGUGGAGGCGGUACCAAACAAUACCUGUUUAUGCUAUUGAAGAUCGCAAUGGAAGACAUCGCAUGCUUAAGUACACUCCCGAACACAUGCAUUGCCUUGCAAUGUUUUGGGGCCCUCUUGCCCCUCCUAAUACUGGUGUGGUUGCUUUCCAGAAUUUAUCAAACAAUCAGGCACAAUUUAGGAUCACAGCAACAGCAGUUGUGCUUGAGUUCAACCAUGCAUCACGAAUAGUGAAGAAACUCAAACUAGUUGGUCACCCCUGCAAGAUAUUCAAGAACACUGCACUUGUAAAAGAUAUGUUCACCUCAGAUCUUGAAAUAGCUCGGUUUGAAGGAGCUGCUGUUCGAACUGUCAGUGGCAUUCGGGGGCAGGUGAAAAAGGCUGCAAAAGAAGAAAUUGGUAACCAGCCGAAAAAGAUGGGUGGACAACCAAAAGAAGGGAUUGCUAGGUGCACCUUUGAGGAUAAAAUUAAGAUGAGUGACAUUGUGUUUUUGCGUGCUUGGACCCAAGUUGAAGUUCCUCAAUUUUACAACCCAUUGACAACAUCACUGCAACCUCGUGAUAAGACCUGGCAAGGGAUGAAAACUACUGCUGAAUUGAGGAGAGAACAUAAUAUUCCUAUUCCUGUUAACAAAGAUUCACUUUACAAGCCAAUUGAAAGGAAGCUGAAGAAGUUCAACCCAUUGGUGAUUCCUAAGUCGUUGCAGGCUGCUUUGCCAUUUGCAUCAAAGCCUAAGGAUAUACCCAUUAGAGGAAGGCCACUUCUUGAAAAUAGAAGAGCUGUUGUCAUGGAGCCUCAUGAACGAAAAGUUCAUGCUCUUGUUCAACAUCUUCGAUUAAUUAGAAAUGAGAAGAUAAAGAAGCGCAAGCUUAAGGAUGAUAAAAAAAGGAAAGAAAUUGAAGUGCAGAAAGCCAAAGAAGAGCAGGUGUCGAAAAAGCGUCAGAGGGAAGAACGGCGGGAGAGAUAUCGGGAGCAAGACAAACUGAAGAAGAAAAUCAGGCGAAAUGCAGAGGACUGA